UUCACAUCCACCUUUAUUAGCGUGAGACUGGAGUACAUGUGGACAGUGUGUUGGUGACCGUAGAGAAGCAUGACUGAAUCCAAGUGUGAGCUAUUUACUGUGGCCAGUGCAGAGACUGUCCAGUGUCAGAAAGAGCAGGCUGCCCCCAUGGGUUUCUUCGAGCACUAUGUUCAGCCCUGCCUGGCUGAGCUUAUCGGCUCCGCUCUCUUCAUAUUUGUAGGCUGCAUCUCAGUCAUCGGCAACGUGGGAAUCACAGGCAGUAUUCAGCCUGCGCUGGCACAUGGACUGGCCCUGGCUAUCGUUGUUGCAGUGUUUGGAGAGAUCAGUGGGGGUCACUUUAAUCCUGCUGUGACGGUGUGCGCGUACCUUGUGGGAGGAAUGGAGCUGAUCCUUCUUGUUCCAUAUGUACUUGCACAAAUGGUUGGUGGAAUGAUCGGGGCUGGUCUUGCCAAAGCCAUCUCCCCACCCAUUGAGUUCAAUAAUGCAUCUGGAGCUGCGUUCACUGCUGUCAGUAGUAGCGCUGAUGUAGGAGCUGUUACUGUGGCUGAAAUGGUGAUGACUCUCUUCCUGACCAUGGUGGUCAGCAUGGGGGCUGUGAAUGGGAGGACACGUUGCCCGUUCGCUCCCUUCCUCAUUGGCCUUACAGUGACAGCGAACAUCCUGGCUGGAGGUAUGAUCUCUGGAGCGUGCAUGAAUCCAGCUCGAGCUUUUGGGCCAGCAGUGGUGGCUAAUCACUGGGCCUACCACUGGGUAUACUGGAUUGGACCUGUGACUGGUGCCUUGCUCACUGUCAGCAUUGUCAGGUUAUUGAUGGGUGACAAGAAGACUCGCGUUGUAUUUAAAUAAUAGAGCUGCAACUUAUGAAGGUCAUUCAUGACAUGCUUAUGAAGGUCAUUAAUGAUGUUCUUUUGACUAAGUAGCCAUUUAAUGAUGAAACUGUAUGUAGAAAGUCUCUCGCUAAUUUUACCUUCAUUGUCUUGUUUGUUUUUUCUUCAUUAUUUUUCAAACAAGCUAACUGUAACAGACUAACUACUGCAUAUUACCUGUAUAAAGCUGUAUUGCAUAUCUUCCAAUCUGCUGUAAAAACAAAUUUUCUACCUCUUUAACACUGUAUCUUCCUAUAUAGUGAAAAGUCAUGUAUAAAAUAAAACCUUUUGCUUUUGUUUGAUAAUAA